CUUACUCCUCAGACCAGCCAAUCUUUACUUCCUAGUCUACAACGUACACUCGAUUCGAUAUCGGUUACAGGUCCUCGUGAUCCGAGUCCUGUAUGUCAGUAUGGACUGUUUUCUUAUCAGAUGACUUAUAACACGACGCGGUCAUACUUGCAGGUUAUUUACGUCAGACACGGGUUUGUUGAAAUAUCGGUUGGUGUUAUCACUUUCGGGAGAAAAUGCCAGCCUUUGUUAGUCGUUGAGACCAGUGUACUGUGAUGUGAGAACAGUGAUGGAUGUUUGGAUUUGAAAUAGUUUGCUGAACACAUUGGCAGGCUGAAUGAUGGCACAAGCUAUUGAAGAUUUGACGGUUCUGCCGAAUCCAACGUUUGACGAAAUUCUGGAAAUUCUGGGACACCGAUUUCGACAAGAUAAAAUCUACACAUUUAUUGGAGACAUUCUCGUUUCUGUAAAUCCAAAUAAGGAGCUUCCAAUAUAUGGACCGCAAGUGGGCAGGGACUAUGUGUCCGCACUGCAGCCGGGUCACGACGAUCUACCUCCGCAUGUCUUCUAUGUCGUCAACAGCAUUGUGACGUCACUUUUACGUCACCAGACACCACAAUGUGUCCUCCUUACGGGAGAGUCAGGAGCAGGAAAGACGGAGGCGGUGAAGAUGCUGGUCUCACAGAUGUUGAGAGAAACUGAAGCGAGAAAGACGUGCCAGGAGCGAAAUGAUUCAUCAUCCACUGCCAAAAACAUUCCAGAGGCGAUCAACCUGCUGGACAUGUUCGGGUGUGCCGCCACUCCCGUCAACACGAACGCCAGUCGGUACGCUAAACUGUGGCAGAUCUUCUUCAACCAAGAGGGAUGCAUCACUGGAGCCCGCGUUAGAACCCAGGGUCUGGACAGGAGUCGGGUGAUGUUCCACGAAGUAGGCCACACCAACUACCACGUGUUUUACCAACUCCUGGCAGGACUACCGGAUCACCAACUCAGGGACUACUUCCUCGACAGAUACUACAGAAUUUUGGAAAGCGAGGAAGGGGCUGAGAUGUUCAAAUCAGAAGACUGGUUCAGACAGUACCGAGAUGACUUUGUCUACCUCCAGCAGGCUAUGACGUCACUGGGCCUCGACCUAGGAACGCAGUCACAUUCCAGAGGAGGACAUUCGGUAAUUUUUGGAAUGUUAUCGGCCAUUCUGAAUCUAGGAAAUAUUCACUUCGCUCCAGAUCCGGAAACAGACAAAGUAUUUAUACCCAACGAACCGAGAGUGGACAUUGCCGCCAGGCAACUGGGUGUGCCGGUGGGAGAGUUAAUGACAAUAUUUCUGGCCAACACAACUUACGUGAGAGGUGAGAGAAUUGUGGGAAGGAACGAUUUUGGUGAGGCAUGCACAGCCCGGAACAGUUUAGUCCGUUUUCUGUACAGCGAACUCUUUACGUGGAUAGUUCAACAAAUCAAUGCGGCCCUGCAGGGUGACGUUAUCAGGGACCAGAACCUGUCUGUAUCAAUUCUAGAUUGUCCUGGCUAUGAGAACCUUGAUAGCAAUUGUUUCGAAGAGUUGUGCCAUAACAUCGCCGAUGAGAAAUUGCAACAUCACGUGAAUCGAAUGAUUUUCGCGGACGAAUUGUACGAUCUGGACCAAGAAGGGGUCAAAGGUUACAAAGCCAAGUACCUUGAUUUGACAACAGUUGUAGAGCUGUUUUCAUAUCCAAAGUCUCGACUGUUUGCUAUUGUUGACGAGGAGUCUGCCAUCGCCCAGUCCUCCCCAGCCUCACUGUUACAGAAGAUGACGAAACAGUUGACUAAGAACAAAUUGUUUGUACAGACUGAGCUCGACAAGAAAUCGACGUCUGCUACCUUUGCUAUUCUUCAUACAAAAGGACACGUGAAGUAUGACGCCGGCCUGCUAUUGACUAAGAACCGAGACAAGGUGACCGCCCACACCAUUGACGUCAUGAAGCAUAGCAGAAACCCUCUCGUGGCCCAUCUCUUCUCCACCGCUGACGAGCUCGAUCAUAAACCAUACAGAGUUAACCAGUCCAAGGAGAAUGGCGACAUCUCCAGUACGGGCUCGUCGCGUUUGUCUACGUACAUGGCAUCUCUUGAAGACUUGCUAGAAGCAGUGAAAGAAUGUGAAAUUCACCAUAUUUGGUGUAUUAAGCCGAACCAAACGUCACAACCCGACUACUUCGACCCGCCGUUUGUGUUCAGACAGUUGACGAACAUACAGGAGACUGUGUGUCAGCGAACACGAGGCUUCCCGGUUCGAGUGCCCAUCAGGGAAUUUGUUGAAAGGUACUGGGCUUCACUUCAGUGUUGA